UUAUUGGGAAUAUAAUCAGGAAGUGAACUGCGGACAAAAACAAUUAAAACACGAAUAUGGCGUCGGAUGUGAAGUCAAGAUCCAAACGUUAUGAAAAACUUGCUUUUCUUGGAGAGGGACAGUUUGCCACUGUUUACAAAGCCAGAGACAAAACAUCAAAUGAAAUUGUGGCCAUCAAAAAGAUCAAAGUUGGGCACAGAACAGAGGCCAAAGAUGGCAUUAACCGGACAGCUCUGCGAGAGAUUAAGCUGUUACAGGAGCUGCAUCAUCCAAACAUUAUAGGGUUAUUAGAUGCAUUUGGACACAAGUCCAACAUCAGUUUGGUGUUUGAUUACAUGGAAACAGAUCUUGAGGUGAUCAUAAAGGAUACUAGCCUUGUAUUGACCCCGGCCAACAUUAAAGCCUACAUACUGAUGACACUUCAGGGGCUGGAAUACAUGCACCGCCAUUGGAUUCUACACAGGGAUUUAAAGCCAAAUAACUUGUUGCUGGGGGAAAACGGGGUCCUCAAACUUGCUGACUUUGGUUUAGCAAAAGCUUUUGGAAGUCCAAACAGGGUCUACACGCAUCAAGUCGUUACACGGUGGUACCGUGCGCCCGAGCUCCUCUUUGGUGCGCGUAUGUAUGGCGUGGGGGUGGACAUGUGGGCCGUCGGCUGUAUACUUGCAGAGCUGCUGCUCCGGUUGCCAUUCUUGGCAGGAGAUUCCGAUCUUGAUCAGCUGACAAAAAUAUUUGAAGCAUUGGGGACACCAACAGAAGAAACAUGGCCGGGGAUGACCAACCUGCCAGACUACGUGUCGUUUAAGCUAUUUCCCGGGACUCCUUUGGAGCACAUAUUCAGCGCGGCGGGAAACGACCUGCUGGAGCUCCUGCAAGGCCUCUUCACCUUUAACCCCUCCACACGUUUCACCGCCACACAGGCUCUGAAGACGAGGUACUUCAGCAACCGGCCGGGACCCACUCCUGGACCCCAGCUUCCGCGUCCAAACUCCAACGCAGAAGUCCUGAAGGAGAAGGAGAACGUGGUAAUUGGGACUAAAAGGAAACGCGAUGCUAUAACUGAUGGGACUGUGUCCAAGAAAUUGGUAUUUUGAGUGAGACAUUGGAAAAGGUAGUCCACUGUCUUUGACAGAGGCUUUGACACAAUUCCGCGAUUAUGUGCCAUGGUUUCGUCCCGCAACUCAGGAGCCUCUACACAAAAAGAUUGGCGACCAGACCUGUUUGAAAACAAAAUGUGAUCUUUAUUUUGUUUGUCAACUGAAAUACAAUGAUGACGUGCAUUUUCUUUUAUUAUUUUUGAUUUGUAUAUUUGUAGAUGCUUUGUAUGUGUGGCACCUAAUUAAAUUAUGUAUUUUUAA